AUGAUAAUUGAUCGUAUGGCACUCAAUAAUCUCCAAACUCAACAUGAUAGGAGUCCAUCACAAAGGAAGUCGGGUGUUCUUGAAUUAAAAACCAAUGAUGCUAUCCUCGCUCAAAACAAAAUUCAUUCUCAACAAGUUGAGUUACUCACCAAGCAAAUGUCAAAGCUCCCACAACAAAUGAAGGAAAUUCAUGGAAUGCAAAUGACUUCUCAAGUAGCAAGUUGUGAACUUUGCAAAGGUGACCACCCUACCGGCUUUUGUCCACCACCCGACGGAGAGGAAGUUAAUUAUGUGAACAACCAACAUCAAGGCUAUCAAAGACAACCUCCGUACCAACAUCAAGUUUCUAUGGAGAAUCAAAAGACUAAUGUGACUGCCAUAAAGAACUUAGAAAAUCAAGUGGGGCAGCUUGCAAAACAAUUGGCCGAACAACAAACGGGACCUUCUUUUUCCACAAACACUCAACCUAACCCAAAGGAGUAUUGCAAGGCAAUCCUUACAAGGAGUGGCAAGGAGGUGAGUAAUAGGGAGAGGAAGGAAAUAGUAGUGGAGGAUGAUGGAUUUGUUGUUGUUGAAGAUGAGAAGGAUGAGAUAGUGGUGGAAAAAGAAAAAGAAAAAGAAGGGGAGGAAGUAGCCGAAAAAGAGAAAAAUGUGAAGAAGAAGAAAAGAGAAGGAAAAGGACAACUUCAAAUAAAUAUUCCAUUCGCCGAAGCAUUAGAACACAUGCCAAAAUAUGCAAAAUUCUUGAAGGACAUUCUCACCAAAAAGAAACGAUAUCCGGACAACGAAACCAUUAUGCUUGAUGCUCAAUGUAGUGCUAUCAUUCAAAGAACUCUUCCAAGAAAAGAAACCGAUCUGGGACGAGUCAUCUUACCGGUCACCAUUGGAGGUACUUAUAUUGGCAAUGGUCUAAUUGAUUUGGGUUCUAGCAUUAAUCUCAUUCCUUUGUCUAUCAUAAAGAGAUUGGGGAAUAUUGAAAUGAAGUCUACCCGAAUGACAUUACAACUAGCCGAUAAGUCCACAAUCUCACCUUAUGGAGUUGCUCAAGACAUAUUGGUAAAAGUUGACAAAUUUUUGUUUCCGGUAGAUUUUGUGGUGGUGGAUAUGGAAGAAGAUAGAGAUGUUCCGUUGAUUCUUGGAAGGCCAUUUAUGAAAACAGCCCGGAUGAUGAUAGACAUUGAUGACGGACUCAUGAAAGUGCGGGUGCAAGAUGAGGAAGUCACCAAAAGAGGAAAAUAG